AUGCGGCUGCUGCUUUUUCUCUUUAACUGCGUCUUUGCUGCUGCUGCUGCUGUUGCUGCUGCUGCUGCUGCUCAUGUGCAGCGGCUGACUGUUUCGGAGCUGAGAGACAUGCUGCGUACAGCGCGUGGAGCAGCAGUAGCAGCAAACAGAGAAGCAGCAGCAGCAGCAAAAGGCCCAGCAGCAGAAGCAGCAGCUGGAACAACAGCAGCAGCAGAAGCCGCAGCAGCAGCAGCGGGAACAGCAGCAGCAGCAGCAGCAGAAGCAGCAGCAGCAGCAGAAAGCUUCGAGCUGCUGUUUAUCGCCUUCACCAGCAACACGUCAACAGCGUGGGCAGCUUUGGCCCGACCAUUCAGAGCAGCAGCAGCAGACUAUGCGCGCGUUGAGCAGCAGCAGGGGCUGCUGCUGCUGCCGACUGUGUCUUUUCGGGAGUUCGACUGCGCAGCAAAUGCUGAGGCAUCUUCUCUCUGCACUGUUGGUCUCGCGAUACCCAUGUACCCCACAUUUCUGCUGCUGCGGCGGCCUGUUGCUGCUGCUGCAGCUGCUGCAGAGGAAACGUCCAGCCCUGAGGCAGCAGCAGCAGCAGCGGCAGCAGCAGCAGUUGACGCUGUAGUUGUCGACGCCUUCAGCCCCACAGCAGCUCCCAGCGGAGGCGAUUUUGUGCAGUUUCUGCUGCGCUACGCUUCUCCCUUCUCCGCCCCAACAGCAGCAGCAGCAGCAGCAGCGGAAGCAGCAGCAGCAGCGGAAGCAGCAGCAGCAGGGGACAGAUGCGUGAUAGACGUGGAGGGGCAGCAGCUAGUGGAGCUGCUGCACUUUGACAGCAGCAACGGCAGCAGCAUGCCUUCUUUCUUGCUUUGCCUGGGGCCCUACACGCAGCACUCAGCAGCAGCAGCAGCAGCAGCAGCAGCAGAAAGGGAUGCUGCGCUUUCUGCUUUCCUGAGAGCUUCGUGUACGUACCCAAGAAGGAAUUUGUUUCUGUUGUCUAGAGACCUUACCCUUUGCUCCAAAAUCAGCAGCAGCAGCAGCAACAGCAGCAGCAGCAGCAGCGGCAGCGAGAGCUCGUUUAUGCUGCUCGCGCUGCAGCCUCUCGCUGCUGCUGCUGCUGCUGCUGCAGAGCAGCAGAGAGGACAGCCCACGGAGCGGCAGCAGCAGCAAGAGAUGAUGACUUACCUGAGGAGACAGUGGAGAGACAGCAAAGAAAGGCAAGACCUUCUUGAAGCAGUCCAUGUUCUCAGCAGCACCAGCAGCAGCAGCAGCAAUAGCUGCAGCACCAGCAACAGCAGCAGCAAUAGCUGCAGCACCAGCAGCAGCAGCAGCAGCAGCAGCGGGGGUGUCUGUGUCCCGCUGCUGCUGGCGCAGGAGAAAGAUUUCUUUCUGCCUACGAUGGACGGCGAGUCAAAUUUCUUUCGGCUAAGGCUCUCAGCGGGAGCAGCAGCAGGGCGGGGGCGGCUGCUGUUUACUUUGGUGUUGGAUGCUGCUGCUGCUGCUGCUGCUGCAGCAAGAGCCAACGACGCUGCUGCUGACGCUGCUGCUGCAGCAGAGCGCAGCACGGCCAGCAGCCCCGCGCAGGCAGCAGCCUACGACAUCUUCGGGGUGUCUGCGGAGCUGCAGCAGCAGCUGCAGCAGCAAGACCGCAUGCAGCAGCUAGCUGCUGUCAAGAUGAAUGAGGCGCAGCAGCAGCUCUCUUACUUUUUCUCAAUUGCUGCUCGGCAGUCCCAGAAGCCCACGCUUGAUGCAGCAGCAGCAGCAGCAGAAGCAGCAGCAGCUGCUGCUGCUGCUGCCGAGGCCGGCGCAGACCCCGCA